AUGUUGUUCGAAUCCAAGAAGAAGCUCUCAAUUGAAAUGAGAGUUAAAAAAUCUAAUCCGCAAGGUACUAUUGAUCCUGUAGGCGGUACUUUGCUAAAGCUUGGAUCAGAUGAUGUUAAUUGGUCUGAAUCAAAGGGUCUAUAUUUACCAAAUUGGACUUCGGCUGAAAACGGAUUGUUUCCGUCUUAUGAACCACAAGAUGAUGAUCCAAAGUCUGAUGAACCACAGGAUGAUGAUCCAAAGUCUGAUGAACAGCAGUCAGAGGGGUCUAAGAUCAUAUGUCUAGUUGAUUUUGAUAAGAAAUCUUGGGAAGUUAAACAUAUUGUUGAGAAGAGCAAGGACGUCUUUAAUCUUGGAUCUGAUUGGGGAAAAUUCCUUAUUGAUUUCAUUUGCCUUUUUCUGUUCGUAUUUCUGUUCCUUGAUAUUAAUGAGUUUCAUGUUUUAAGUUCAAGAGUGUUUCCGUCUUAUGAACCACAGGAUGAUGAUCCAAAGUCUGAUGAACCACAGGAGGAUGAUCCAAAGUAUGAUGAACCACAGGAUGAUGAUCCAAAGUCUGAUGAACCACAGUUCAAGGUAAAAGAGUACCCUGAUAAAACUGAAACUUUUGAAAGAGAGGGAGAAGAUAAUGAUCCAAAGUCUGAUGAACCACAUGAGGAUGAUCCAAUGUAUGAUGAACCACAGGCAGAGGGGUCUAAGAUCAUACAUCUAGUUGAUUUUGAUAAGAAAUCUAGAGAAGUUAAAUAUGUGGUUCAGAAGAGCAAGGACAUCUUUAAGCUUGGAUCUGGUUGGGGAAAAUUCGUUAACGACAACAAUUUGACUCAGGGCGAUACGUCAGAGGGGUCUAAGAUCAUACGUAUAGUUGAUUUUGAUAAGAAAUCUAGAGAAGUUAAACAUAUGGUUCAGAAGAGCAAAGACAUCUUUAAGCUUGGAUCUGGUUGGGGAAAAUCCGUUAACGACAACAAAUUGACUCAGGGCGAUACGAUAGAAUUUCUGUUACACCCGAAUAUUUUGUUCGAAUCCAAGAAUAAGCUCUCUAUUGAAAUGAGAGUUACAAAACCUAAUCCGCAAGGUACUAUUGAUCCGGUAGGUGUUACUUUGCUAAUGCUUGGAUCAGAUGAUGUUAAUUGGUCUGAAUCAAAGGGUCAAUAUUUACCGAAUUGGACUUCGGCUGAAAAUGGAGUGUUUCCGUCUUACGAACCACAUGAUGAUAAUCUAAAGUUUGAUGAACCACAAGAUGAUGAUCCAAAGUUUGAUGAACCACAGUCAGAGGGGUCUAAGAUCAUACGUCUAGUUGAUUUUGAUAAGAAAUCUAGAGAAGUUUAA